AUGCUGGAUUUGAACUUUAUCAACCCGACUGCUCUUCCCAAGCAAUACAUCGAUCUCCUCCCAUCUCAGGCAGAGUGGGAUGCACAGAGGAACGUACACAUUUUAAACGGGCGACCUUUACUUAUCAGACCAGAUCAACACAUUGAUCACCCAAGUGGUGACUACGAAGCAGGCCUACCCCAUAACAUUGGAGGGCUCAUACUAUCACACAUUGCAGACAGCGGCAUACCUAUCUCUUAUCCAGGAGAAAGACCAGACGCCCCUUGGAACCUCCCUGUCCAGGAUCCCGUACCACAACCGAUUCUUGCACCAAUCAUAUCCGAUUACAUACCACCGAUGGCUACAGUUACCAUGGAUGGAGGACAUCACCAUGUCAGCCAGAAGGAACUUGGUUUUAGAAAACCCGAGAUCUUCAACGGUUCAGACCGUUCGAAGCUUAGGGAAUUUAUAAACCAAUGCAAGAAUUACAUGGCCGGAAAUAGCCAUGUCUACCAGGAGGACAAUCAGAAGAUCGCAUUCGUGUUAUCGCACAUGCAAGGAGGAAUAGCAGGAUCAUGGGCACAGAGCUUCAUAGAAACGGAACUCACCAAUGAUGACUUCCUUUCUUAUGGGAGUUGGAGAGACUUCAUUGCGAGUGUGAACAAAGCAUUUGGCGAUGAAAAUAUUGAAGAAACCGCUCGUACCUUGCUGCAUAACAUCAAGCAAGGAACUCGUACUGCGGACGACUACAUUGCCAAAUUCCGAUCGCUUGAAUUCAAGGCAAAACUAGAAGAUGCCGGAAAUAUCGAGUAUUUCAAGUGGGGGCUUAACGACCCACUCUGA